AUGUCUUCGACAACUGGUGUCACUGCUCGUCAAACCCGCGCAUCAAACGCUAAUGCCCAUCCUGGUCAGGUCGUUCUAAAUGCAAAGAGGAAAAGACGCACCAAAGCUCAAAAAGCUGCUGACGACAAGGUUCUUGAAGAAGAACUCCAAGCAAAAGAAGCAGCCGCUCUAGAAGGCAUCCAGCGUCUCGCCAAUAUACAGGCUGAGAUGGAGCAGGUCCAAGCUGCUGCAGCUGUCAAGAAACCAAAGGCAGUUAGACCACGCCCACGUCCGGUUGCAGCCAAGAAGGGAUCUCAGCUGAAAAAUGUGGCGGCAGCUGCAGAGGAUGGAGUUGAGGAUCAAGAGGGUAAUGAAAGGCAGAGCCAACUGACCUCAGAUAUCAACCAGGACGAUAUGAGCAUCGGAGAGAUAGAGGUUGUUGCGAAGCAGAAACCUGGCAAGAAGUCACUGAAAGAUGCGGUUGAUGCUCGAUUGAAAUCGAUGAAGACUGAUCAGCUUGCACGUGGUAAUGUUGAUCUUGCAGACAGGAAAGGAAACUCUUUACCGUCAGCUGUCAAAACUUCAGUCAGUGGACGCAUCAAGGCCUGGGCUUCAGACAUACCAAGUCCUCCAAGCUGUCCAUCUGAAGGCCGCUCCCAGUUGCAUUCUGGUUCACAUGCCUCUGUUCCCCCAUCCACUAUAUUCUCCCGCUCUCAAGCCACAACAGCAGCUUCAGAUGCGACUAGUCUUAGGUCGCAGGCCAUUUCACAGAAAGGCUCCGAUGUACGAGUCUCUGCUGAUCCCACUGAUGAUCUGGUUGGAGGAUUCGGCGAUGAAGAGGGAGAUGACAUGUAUGAACGCGAGGCUGCAUUCCAAACAACAGAAAGGCAUCCAGUUAAGAUCGGUGAUAUCACAGACUCGGAGUCUGAAGAUGUCGAACCUGGUAGCACGUCUUCAGCAAUGUUAAAUCCUCGGCUGGCAUCAAACAGCGAGCUUCCCCCACCAUCCUCUCAGCUUCGCAUGUUGGAGGCUGCCCGCCGCUUGGCCGCUGAAAAAUACAAUGGAGCCUCCCAGGCCCCACCAUCUACUCAGCCUCGCAAGCCACAGACCACCCGCAUCGCAAGUGGCACAAAACGGAAACUCACAGUGGAGUCCAGUGUCGACUCUGUCGAGAUCGUGGAAAGCUUUUAUGAUCAGGACAACUCGGUAUCAAGCGACAUUCAAUGCAUUGAUGACGCUGCGAUGGUAGUUGACGAGCCUCAGAAAACACAAGCACCCCUCUCCAAAGCACCUGAACGCACAGUUGUCAAAACAAAGGCUCCACGGACAACAUCGUCGGCAUACCACUGUUAUGACCACCGAUGCUACGGCACCACCUGCAAAGAAGGUCAGAACUGCGCCCAAGGUCAAACCCGAGCCCAAGGUCAAGCCCGAGCCCAAGGUCAAGCCCGAGCCCAACAGGCUAUACUGUCAUAUUGA